UCGCUGGUGUCUGCUGCUGGUUUGACUCUGGACACAAAAAACUGCGAAAUCAAGGAGAAGGACAGCGCCCAGAAGAAUAACUGUAAACCUCUGCUAACUGCGGCCAGCAUCGCGUUGGAAAUGGGACUGCGGCCACAUCCUCCGGGCUGUCGGACAUUAAAACAGAGGAUAUGUCCUACAGUUUGUUAAAGCCACAGCGCUACACGCAACCCUCCAAGCAUGCUACAGCAGUGAUAAUAUCUCUCCACACAGCAGCACUGUUUGAUCCAAGAGAAACGUGCCUUGUAAGGAAGCAGGAUGUUCACGGGCUCCACCAAACUGCCACCCACUAAAACCCCCCAGCCCGAGCGGCUGGAUGAAGUGUACGCUGCCUUACGCAGAGGCUUACAGUCGUACCUGCAGGUCCACCAGCUGGAGCUGGACAGCCUGGGUCAGCAGAUCAGAGAAAACAAGAGGAAUGGUCGUUUGGGGUCUUUGUAUGAGUUGGAUAAGCAAGUGAAAGCCAUAGAGCGGUUCAUGCGUCGCUUGGAAUUCCACCUCAGCAAGGUUGAGGAACUGUACGAUGCUUACUGUAUACAGAGGAGACUGCGUGAUGGAGCCAGUAAGAUGGUGGCAGCAUUUAACUCUGCCACUGGAAGCAAGGAGGCCCGAGAGAGCCUGAACGAAGCCAACAAGGGCUACAGGGAAUGUACAGAGCACAUGUGCUCACUUGAGAGUGAACUGGAAAGCCAGAUGGGAGAAUUUCACGUCAAGAUGAAGGGCCUCGCUGGAUUUGCACGGCUGUGUGCUGGUGACCAGUAUGAGGUCCUGAUGCGCUACGGGCGGCAGCGCUGGAGGCUACGAGGACGCAUGGAAGUCAGCAACAAGCAAAUAUGGGACAGUGAAGAAUAUAUAUUUCUGCCUCUGGUCACUGAACUGCUGUCAAUCAAGGUGACGGAGCUGAAGAGCCUGGCCAAUCACGUGGUGGUGGGCAGCGUGUCCUGUGAGAUGCUCGACCUGUUCUGCCCGCUCCCCCAGACGCUCGCCGUCGACAUCAACGACCUCGGGACGGUGAAACUGAACUUGGAGGUCACCUGGAGUCCGUUCGAUAAGGACGACCAGACGUCGUCCAGCAGUACGGUUUCUAAACGGCUGCUGUCCAACCAGAGCCCUCCUGACACGCCCUCGAUGCGAGAGCAGGUGUUUUAUAGCAUGCCUCAUGGCGGGCCACGGCAGAGCCGGUCGCUGGUGGAGGCGUUCCGCGGUGUCGGCGCGGACCGGCCGGCGUCCUUACGUGAUUUCAGACGUUCCACGCCUCAGUUCUUCUCAACACAGCCGUCUCUGUUGAAGCGUCAGGGGGAAAUGGAGAACGGGACGGUCUGGUCCAACUCCUCUGAAUCCUCAGACGACUCCUCCAGUCCAGCACUGGCUCAUCACACUCAGAGGCUGACGGCCUCCAACAUGUUGCACACCACUCUCACCACUCAGCUCCCGUUCACGCCUCACAAAUCCAGCGCGUCCACACCGUCGCUGUCGUCCAACCAAGAGGAGGACGAGACGGAAACCGGUGAGGUGUUCCCUCAGGCGGACGCGGUGCCUAACGGGCACCUGCAGACUUCCUGCUCCCGCAGCCUCGUCGGAGGGAGUAGCCCAGACUGCACUGCGACCGACAGGGCGUCUGUCCAAUCAGAGGACCUCUCUGAAGCCUCAGUAGACCUGAGCUGCUCGUGCCCCGACGUCUCCGCCGUACCUCCUCCCGCGCUGCCGGCGGAGGCGGCAAACGUGUCGGCAGAAGGAGUAAAGGACGCUCCACCCGAGGACUCGUCAUUACGGGCUGAACAGACUGAAGCAGAAACGGAGGACAGCGCUGUGGAAGCUGCAGAGGGACGCCCGGGGGAACGGAGGCAGCCGCACGAGUCCGUCCUGGAGUCAAAACAACCAGAGGACACACCGGUGGUCCCUUUUCCUACUUCUACCAGUUUCACUCAGGAAGUCGAGACAGCCCUCGAAAGUUUUGAUUUUCUCAACUGCUCUGACCUGGAUGAAGACGAGGAAGAGGAAGAGGAAGAGAACAAGGACGAGGUAGAGGACGAGGUAGAGGAAGAGGAAGAAGAAGAGAAAGAGCAACAGGAAAAUGAAGGAAAAAAGGAAGAGGAGCAUGAGAAAUGUGAAGAGGACCAAAACACAACGGAGGAAGAAAAAAUAGUAGAAGUAAAGAACAUAGAGAACUUUUACUCAGAGGGAAGUGACGACGAGGAGGGGGCCGAUGGUCUCCAGAUCCUCAUGGAAGCUCCAGAAGGAUUCAGGAACUCAGAUGAAGAUCGUUUCUCUGAAUCACAGGAGUCGAGCGGCGAUGACGCGCAGGACUUGGGUCAGAUGGAAAUUCCUGAGGAGAAGGAGGAGCAAACUGAGGAAAAGGAAGAACGUGGAGAGGAAACAUCACAUGAUCAGGAGGAGCGUCCCUCUACCCCCACCCAUUUGGCCACUACUGUCUUCUAAUGACUCAGUGGAACCACAACUAAAACCAUUUCUCCCACUUUGAAGUUCUCGUGCCGUCUCUCUAUGUGGGAUCGGAGGCCUUGAGGACGUUCCACUUACCGCUCCGACAAACGGCUCCUCCAUUACGGUUGAGUUUGUGCACGCCAUGUUCUGACCAAUGUCGAGGUUUCUGCUCCUCCGCCAUGACUGAACCCAAACACCUUCUUCCAACAGUAAUCAUUAUUUCCAGUCAUGUUGCCUAGGUUAAAAGUGGGACACCACUUCAGUUUACAUGAACUGCUCCUGUCAUGUGACCACUCAGUGUCCAAAACAUUACAGGAACAGAGAAGAGCGGCCUUGUUUUUGGCUUUGUUACAAAGCUUUUUCUUUUCAAAACAUUCAUUUUCAAAUGGUUUUAUAAGUUCAGGUUGUUUUUUUUUUUUUAAUCUACGGAGAAGCAUACUGUCAAUUCAUAAAAAACAAAAUAAUAAAAAAAAAAAUCAAUCAGUAUUUGUGGAUGUGAAAAACUAGAGGUUCUGAUUUUCAGUGUUAAAUCAGUGUACAGCCCACAGCUCUUUCAUUGUCAGAGGAGAAGACCUCAUGAGCAUGUGAUAUUUAUCUGGAGUCAUUUCCAGACCAGGAAUGUACCCUGAAAUCAAAGAGUAUCGUUUCAUUUUAGGCGUCAGUGGCACUAGUUGAGAAUAUUCACAUGGAGCGUAGAAGUAACGGCUUUGAAAUCUAACCUUCAGACCUUCCAAAAAAAAAAAAAAACGAUAGCAGCUUCUCUUCAAGACUAGCAUUGGACCAAUUUUUUGCAAACACGGAAACAAUCUGCAGCGUGGAACUGUAUUUAAACCUGCAUGUGUAGCUGCCUCGUGCUGCCGGCAUGUCUGUACAAAAAAGAAGCUCAACUGAUCGGUUUUAAGUGUGUAAGCUAGGCUCCGCUCCAAGGAAGCCGCCCCGUUCUGUAACUGUGCUGCCUCACGGGGGCGCUAGAGUCUCUCAUCGUUCAUGCUUUACAUGUUUCUUAAAAAGCCUCGUCAUUCAGAAAGUGCCUCAGAGAUGUAGGGUUUUAAAUGCCAUGACCAGAGAGAUCAGGCUACAGAUAAGUGUUUAUUUUCUGAAUUACUUUGAGAGUGUGCACAAUAAGAGAUAUUUACUGUUUCAUAUAAAGAAUUGUAUAUGUCUUGAAAUGUCCAAAUGUUUAUGUUCAGAAAUGUUUAAACUUUAUAAAGCUUUCUUUAAAAUUAAACACUUCAGUUGUGUUGAAUGAA